GUUGCCUUAGCUUUGACUUCUAAUCUGUAGCUAGGGAGGGUAGCGACCUUCCUUCCGCUGGUAAGAUGUUGGCAGUUUUAUUGGGGUUGCUUCCUAGGUUUGGGGAGGUGGGUUGUUGGCAGUUUUUUACCCUAUGUUUUUUAAGAAGGCCCAUUAUUUUAUAUCGGGGUUCCUUGGAAGGUUAUGUGAUAGGGGAUUUUUUUAUUCUAGAUGAUUGGUCUAGGUCUUUAGUUUUUCUGUGUUUUUGGUUGGGGGCUUUGAUAAUAAUUAUUUCUAAGCCCGAGUUAAGGGGGUUGUGUGUAUGGGGGGUAGUUUUUUGUUGUUUUCUAGCCUUCUCUUGUUGGAAUUUUCUUUGAUUCUAUGUGUUUUUUGAGUUAACUUUAGUUCCUAUGGCUAUUAUAAUUCUUAAGUGAGGCAUACAGCCGGAGCGAAUUACUGCAACAUUUUAUAUAUUUCUCUACACUCUAGGAGGUUCAAUUCCGUUUCUUGUCUUUCUUGUGUUUGUUUUUUGGGGGGAGUCUUCUUUUUUUAUGGGUUUUAAUGCGGAUUUGUUGGGGGGAUUGGGUUGGUGGGGGUGCUGUGCUGUGGUUGUUUUUUUCGUUAAAAUUCCUUGCUAUCCAUUCCAUCUUUGGUUGACUAAGGCUCACGUAGAGGCUCCGACAACGGGGUCUAUAGCUUUGGCGGGUUUGUUGUUAAAGUUAGGGGGAAUUGGAUUAAUGCGUGUUUUUUUAAGGUACGGUCAGUUGUCUUAUUCAGUUCAGGUCUUUUGGGCCAAUGUAGGGAUUUGGGGGGGUGUGUUGAGGUCCGUAGCUUGUCUCCGUCAAGUUGAUAGGAAGGCCCUUAUCGCUUAUUCUUCGGUAGGGCACAUGUGUUUGGUUCAGCUUAGUAUUCUAAGCGGAAGGAGGGUUGGUUGGUUAGGUGCUCUUUUUAUAAUAGUGGCUCAUGGGCUAAGUUCGUCAGGCCUCUUUGGGAUUAUUGGAGAGUACUACGAUAAGGUUAAGAGCCGAAGUUUGAUGGUUUGUUCGGGGUUUGAGAUGUUAUUUCCGAGGUCUGGGAUUUGGUGGUGUAUAGUAGUAUUUUGUUCAAUAAGGUGUCCUCCCAGAUUAGGGUUUUUAGGGGAGGUAGUUAUGGGGAUGGGGGUCUGUGGGUCUUUCCCUUUAGGUUUUAUCCCUUGUUUUCUCCUUCUAUUCUUUUUUAGGGGUGCUAGAAUGAUGGUUUUAUAUACGAGGGUAAGUCAUGGGAGUUCAGGGUCUUCGCUUUUACCAUCUUUUUGCGGAGUGGGUAAGUUUAGGUACCUAGGGGUUUUCCAUGCUGCUCCAUUAUUCUUUCUUUUUUUCUUUCCUGGGUUUUUGUAGGAAUAGGCUUCUGUGGUGUAGUUGGCACAAAAGGUUGUGGUCCUUUAGGCGGGUCUGAGACUCUGGGGGUCCGCUUAGGUGAGUGUUUUAGAAACUAAGGUUAGUAGUUGGGGGAUGGUGAAAAUAUCACGGGCGGUUGUCACUCGUCAGUUGCGUUUAAAGUAGCGUUCUUCCAUAGAUGGCGUAUAUGGGUAAUUAUGAUAGUGUAGGUGUUUUAGGUGGGGUAGGGGUUACGGGAGUUUUUUCUUGUACUUUCUUUAUUGGUGGGUGGUUGGCUUUUGGAUGCCAACGGACCCAUAUCCUGUCUGCGCUUUUGUGUAUAGAGGUGGUUUUGGUAGGGGUUUUAGGGGGUUUCUGUAGAAGCUUGGAGUUAAAUCCGGGGUAUUUUUUUUUCUUUGUAGUAGGGUUAGGGGUGUGUGAGUCUGCGUUGGGGCUAUCAUUGCUUGUAAUCUAUGCCCGCAGAUACGGCAACGAUUUAUUUAAGGGGUUGGAUGGGCAAGGGUGUUAGUUGA